UGUGCCCCACCUGCCCCUAAUGACCAGUCGCCACUGGCUGUUAGCUAUUAGCUCUAGGUCUUGCUGUGCCUCAGCUCACAGAGCUGCUAGCAUGCUGUAGCUUUAGACUCUUGGCUGCUUCAAACAGCAUGCCUUUUCACUUCAGUAAUUAAUGUAGCUGCCUGUACAAAGUACUGUUGAAUGCACUAUGCUUACAAAUACAAACUUUUUGAACCCUCGGGUCUGGGUCAGGAGGAUAGCCAGAAAAGUAUGCUGCUCACUGCUAAAUGCUACCAGAUGCAGUAUGACAUCCUGCUAUUUUUGGCAUGCUGCAUUUGACAAUUAGCCUACCAUGUAUUGACACAUAUAGUUGUAAUAUGAUUAUUGGAACGCACCUUAACGUAAUGUAAUCUACCUUAAUUUUUCUUUAUAAUCUGUCAGAUCCUCAGAGGUCAGAGUGGGUAUUGAUGAACUGCUGGAUGUCACUGUCUUCAUGGAGAACAGUGGGGAAAACUCUUAUAACAGCCGCGUCAUUCUCACAUACCCACCUGGACUCUCUUAUAGGAAGUUUACAAUUCUGCAGGGAAGAAUUGAGUGCAACUCCUUGGACACUGAAGACGGUUUAAUGCGAGGAAGAACAGACUGCACAGUUGACAAGCCUAUUUUGAAGAGCAAUGCUAAGGUCCUAUUCAUCGUCUCCUAUGGGGUUGAAACCAAUAGUCAACUUGAAAGGAGGAUUUUUGUUUCUGCAAAUGCUACCAGUGGGAAUAAUCAGCACUCCAACUCAAGUGAACUGUACCAAAAGAAAGAGAUCAAUGUGAAGUACAGCAUUUUUGCUACAAUUGAAAGUUCCCUCAGCUACAACAACUUCUCUCAUGGAAAGAAUAAUUUGCAGAAACCAUUGCUGCAAUCAAUUGUGGUUACAAAUGAUUUCAGAGCGCUGAAUCUCACUGUGGUGAUCAGGGUGCCGGUGAAGCUCGGAGAUAAAGACAUCUGGGUGGAUUCAGGCAGUUUGCAGAUUCCAGACUGCCAAAGACACAGCGAUGAAAAACCCACUGUCACAGAUUUUGUUGCAGAGAUAAAGAAAAAUAAGUUGGUGGACUGCUCAGUGGCCAGCUGCAGAGUGUUCAAGUGCAGUCACUUCAUUGGAAGACUGAACAGCCAAACGUACUACAUUUCUGCAAACCUUAGUUCGGCAUGGAUAGAGCAGAUCGGACUUAAAUCUGCCAAAUUCCUCUUGACCAGCACAGCCAUGUUGGAGUACGACAGAAACCAGUACAUCUUCUUUACGUCGGGCUCCAACAACAACCCUCCUGUUCGCAAGAUUGAGGCAGAGGUAGAAGUGUAUCCUGAGCCAGACUUCACCAAAGAGAUUGUGGGAGGAUCCCUGGGAGGACUGGCUCUACUGGCCUUACUCACCGCUGGCCUGUAUAAGGCUGGAUUUUUCAAGAGCAAAUACAAUCAGAUGAUUAACGAGGAUGCAGCAGAUCCUGGGGUCGAAGGAGGCGCACCCGCACCAGAAUAAGAAAUAUAUCAUCAGUGAAUGUCCCACAGAGACCCACUGUUUUAGUUCUAAUACAUUCUUAAUAUUGAGCUUGCUGGUUGCAGCUGACCGCAACAAAACCAAACUGUUUCAACAUGUAUAAUGAUAAAUGGGAUUUAUAUAGCGCUUUUCUAGACCCAAAGACGCUUUACAUUACGAGUAAGGUCGACAAACAAAACAAGA